CUAAUUAUAAUGCUGCAAAUCAUUCCAAAAAAUCAACAACCUUUACCUUGAUGAAGUCCUUCUGAAGCCACGCCCACUGUGUGUGCUGCUCUAUUUAAACACUGCCCAAACCCAGGAGCGUUAUUCUGAACGCUGAGCUAAUUAACAGAGAGCCCAGGUGGCUGUGUGCCUGACAAACAUGUCUCUGAUUAGCCUGCUCCUAGCACACACCGCCACGGUGUCACUGGCUUUACUUUUAACUGGUUUUAUAUUUUUAUACUUUUACUCGAAAUCCUCCAAGUCGUCUAAUUACAACUUCCCCCCCGGCCCGCCGGCUCUACCUGUUAUUGGGAACCUGAACAUUUUGGACCUGCACCGGCCGCACAAAACGCUGAGUAAGCUCUCGGAGACGUACGGCAAUGUGUUCACCUUCCACAUGGGUCCCAAGAAGUACCUGGUUUUGACAGGCUAUGAGGCGGUCAGUGAGGCUCUAGUAACCCAAGCAGACGACUUCUCAGAGAGAGGCCAGACGCACACUACAGAAAUAUUCUCUAAAGGCGGGAAUGGUAUUGCAUUCGGUAGGGGGGAGUCCUGGAAGGUGAUGCGUCGAUUCACCCUCUCCACUCUACGGGCCUUAGGCAUGGGGAAGAAGACCAUUGAGGACCGGAUCAUCGAGGAGUCCCAGAGACUGGUGGAGGUUUUCCAGUCCCACAAAGGAAAACCCUUUGACCCCCAAAUCAUCAUCAACUCUGCUGUCUCCAACAUCAUCUGCUCCAUCGUGUUCGGAGACCGCUUCGACUACGGCGACGCACAGUUCCUGAAUCUGCAAAGAAUUGCGAAUGGGAACAUGAAGCUGCUUGUGAGCCCCAAGACACAGCUGUACAAUGUGUUUCCUUUCCUGGGCUUCUUCCUGUCUGAUCACAAGAAGAUUGAUACAAAUCAAACAAUACUGCUGGAGUACUUUAGAAACACAUAUAAGGAUUGUAAAGACAGUGUGGACAGCAAUGACCUGAGGAGCUUCAUCGACACGUUCAUCUCCAGGCAGAGAGAAGAGGAGGCAAGAAACUCCAAGUAUUUCCACGAGGAUAACAUGGCUGCCACCGUGGGGAACCUGUUUGGUGCAGGGACUGAGACCACCUCUCUCACCCUGCGCUGGGGGCUGCUGCUCAUGAUGAAGUACCCUCACAUUCAGGACAAAGUCCAGGAGGAGAUUGAGAGUGUGAUUGGGAGGGAGCGCCCCCCGCAGGCCGAGGACAGGAAGCGCAUGCCCUAUAUGGACGCUGUGCUGCAUGAGAUCCAGAGAGUGGGCAACGUGGUGCCCAUGAACCUGCUGCACGAGACCACAGGGGACACCACCUUUCGGGGGUACAGGAUACCCAAGGGUACCCCGGUGAUCCCGCUGCUCUCCUCCGUGCUCUCUGAUAAGACACAGUGGGAGACCCCUCACCAGUUCAACCCCAACCACUUCCUGGACGCGCAGGGCAAGUUUGUCAAGAGAGACGCCUUCAUGCCCUUCUCAGCAGGUCGGAGGGUUUGUCCAGGAGAGACCCUUGCCAAGAUGGAGCUCUUCCUCUUCUUCACCAUGCUCCUGCAGAAGUUUCACUUCCGCCUGCCCCAGGAGGUCAGACUUGCGCAACUGGACCUCACCCCCACCCCUGGCCUCACCUCUGGCCCCCAGCCCUUCCAACUGUGCGCCCUGAACCACCUCUCGGAGACGUACGGCAAUGUGUUCACCUUCCACAUGGGUCCCAAGAAGUAUGUGGUUUUGACAGGCUAUGAGGCGGUCAAGGAGGCUCUAGUAACCCAAGCAGACGACUUCUCAGAGAGAGGCCAGACACACAUUACAGAUAAUCUCUCUAGAGGCGGAAAAGGGGAAUCCUGGAAGGUGAUGUGUCGAUUCACCAUCUCCACUCUGCGAGCCUUAGGGAUGGGUAAGAAGACCAUUGAGGACCGGAUCAUCGAGGAGUCCCAGAGACUGGUGGAGGUCUUCCAGUCCCACAAAGGAAAACCCUUUGACCCGCAAAUCAUCAUCAACUCUGCUGUCUCCAACAUCAUCUGCUCCAUCGUGUUCGGAGACCGCUUCGACUACAGCGACGCACAGUUCCUGAAUCUGCAAAGAAUGCUGAAUGGGAACAUGAAGCUGCUUGUGAGCCCCAAGACACAGCUGUACAAUGUGUUUCCUUUCCUGGGCUUCUUCCUGUCUGAUCACAAGAAGAUUGAUACAAAUCAAACAAUAUUCCAGGGGUACUUUAGAAAUGCAUAUAAGGAUUGUAAAGACAGUGUGGACAGCAAUGACCUGAGGAGCUUCAUCGACACGUUCAUCUCCAGGCAGAGAGAAGAGGAGGCCAGAAACCCCAUCACGUAUUUCCACGAGGAUAACAUGGCCGUCACAGUGGUGGACCUGUUUGCUGCAGAGACUGAGACCAGCUCUACCACCCUGCGCUGGGGGUUGCUGCUCAUGAUGAAGUACCCCCACAUUCAGGACAAAGUCCAGGAGGAGAUUGAGAGUGUGAUUGGGAGGGAGCGCCCCCCGCAGGCCGAGGACAGGAAGAGCAUGCCCUACAUGGACGCCGUGCUGCACGAGAUCCAGAGAGUGGGCAACGUGUUGCCCAUGAACUUGCUGCACGAGGCCACAGGGGACACCACCUUCCGGGGGUACAGGAUACCCAAGGGUACCCCGGUGAUCCCGCUGCUCUCCUCCGUGCUCUCUGAUAAGACACAGUGGGAGACCCCUCACCAGUUCAACCCCAACCACUUCCUGGACACGCAGGGCAAGUUUGUCAAGAGAGACGCCUUCAUGCCCUUCUCAGCAGGUCAGUGUGUCAGAGAGGAGCAGGGACCAGGUUAGACAGGAUUGGGGCUAACCCCCCUCC